UCUACAUACUGAUUGGUUGCCUAGAUACGCUCUGGCCAUUCACGUUACAGUAUUUUAAAUACGAUUCACAAUUAAAGCGCGAACUGUGAUAAUCCAAUUCCGGAAAGCAAUUAGCACGCUUAGUGUUUAAGAUAUUGGAAGAUAAAUAUAAAUUGUACGAAGUAGGUGAACAUGAAUGGGGAAUACUUACGAUUUCUGACAACAUACUUGAAGAACCGUCGGAACUAAAUUGUAACAAACAUAUGGACCAUUUAGAUCUCCUAAGCCAUUUUUUUGAGCAACCACAAGUCAGUGAAGCUGAGGCUCAGUCAUCUGUUUGGGAUGCAAGUUUCACUGUGUCUAAAGUGAAACACAAAGAUAAUGAUGACAGUAUACCUUCUACCAUGAUGGAAACAGAAGCUGUUAUUAGUGAUGGAGAUGAAAAGAGAAAUAUAGAAGGAAGUGUAGGCAUGUUUGUUAGUGAACUGCAAGUCUCUAGUUUUAUAAUCGAGGGUGUUGUAGUGCUUAGACAUGAUGAAGAUAAUCUGAUGCUGUCAUUAGUAACUGUUGCAUAUUUGCUAUGAGAUGACUUACUCUCAUUAAAUUAAUUAAUGCUAAUGCAAAAGAUUUUCUGUAUAUGUAUGAAUGCAUGCACGAACACUUCUGUUCAGAUCACAAAAUCUUUGCAUACCAAAAGAGAUGAAAGAUAUCUUGUACAAUUUAUGUUACUCCUUCAGAUAUUUUGGGUUUAUUGAGGUUAUUUGUUUCUUCACUUAUUUUUAGAUCUCUUGUUAAGUACAGAUGAUACAUAGCAUCAGGCUGGGAUAAUACAGUAGUACAAUGGAACCUACCUGUCAAACUACAUAGCAUCCCAUCCCAGAAGACUGUGAUCUUCAGAGUAUCAUGUGAUUGUACUUUUACUUCAGUCCUUACAUCAUUUUAAGUUUUCAUAAAAGCUUUUGUGUCUUCUGCUGAUCAUAAUCUGCUUCAAUAUUUUAUUUUAAUUCCAUCAUUUCAAUGCAAACAAGCUAACAAUGUUACAGCUUUUUAAAAUCCGUUUAUUUUAUUGUAUCUUAAGUUUGAAACUUGUGUUUUUUUAUAUUUUUGAGCUGGAGAUGGUUUACGAAAUGAGUCACUAAACCUGAUAUGCCAUUUGGAUGAGCAGAUGGCCACAGUUGAGCAGUUGAGCAAUGCCUCAGAGCAGCAGGUGGCGUACGUUUUGUCAAAUUUGUCAGAUGCAGGCCUGUGUCACGUGUGCACACUUAUAUGCUCAAUGUUGGCAAGUGAGCAGAGCAAACUUGGGUCACUUGUACGUCUUCUUCUUCUUGUGCCUAGGGUGGGUAACGCCACUGAUCUCAAAAUAUACAAUAACCUUUUGUGCUCCUAAUAGAUAAAUUACUCUUUCUUGUAUGAGAUUUGAGGUUUUCAUAGUGGUAAAUAUUCAUAUAGUGACCCUCCAGACAAUGACACCAAGAAGUGUGAUAGGUGAUGACCAACAUUUCAGAGGAAAUUGGCUGUCACCAUCUUCAGGGAUGUCUGCCUUGAAGAUGGAAGCUGCUAGUUCCUCGAAAAUAUUGGUAAUCACCUAUGAGACUACACAGAAGACCACAGCCAAAAUGUCACUGCUGUGAAAUUCUCAAAUCUUACCCACUUCAUAUGAUGCUAUUUUUUUUUCUUUU